UAAAUUGAUAUUUUAUUGCGAUUGAUUGUUUAUGAUGAAGAUGUUUAUGCGGGGGGGUGGAAGGGUUUCUUCUUUUUAUUUCUUUUGAUGACGCAGGUGAAAUUAAAUGUAAUGUGUAAAUCGAGGCAAUCUAUGAAAAUGUUUGCGAAACAGCUGCGAAUCGCGCGAACUAAGAUGGUGACUACUACUAUGUGUGUAUUUUAUACAGAGUGUGUGUGGCGGCGGCAAUGAGUGUGUAGUGUGCCGCAUUGUGGGGAGUUGCGGCGGUUGAGGAGAGGAGUCGUGCAUGCAUCAUCAUAGUACAUCAUAGUAGUAAAUUAAGGUAGAAGCCGAAUGAGAGAAGAGGACGCGCGUUGGUGAGAGGGGAGGAGGAGGUGGUGGCGGCGUCGAGUAUGGCGGGAAGGAACGAGGUUAGAACUGGGCGGUGCUUGGACGCCAGCUGGCAGACGAACCGCGCGUCCCCGGUCCUCGAAUGCUCCGCGCCGUAAAUAGUACCCGGAUGCGGGACGAGUUUUCCGGCUGCGGUUGCGGACCCGGAAACCGGUGGCGGGAGGCGGCGACCGUGGCGGUCGUAAGGGUUCGCGACCCGCCGCCCCCACGGCUCUCGCCGUCGCCGGAAGUGCGUGCUAGGCGUGUGCCCGGCCCGGUACGCGCGCGUAUGAAUCCCGCCGUGGUGGCGUCGGCCGGGCCUCAGCUGUUUCCCGCCAAACAUUUGCCACCAGAAAACCGCUGUGAGGCGUAGCGUAUGUUGGAUGUGUCGCGCGCAGACCGUUUUUCCAGUGGAAUUUCAGUGAAUCGCGAACGGGAAAAUUUUCGAAUUUCCUCUAAUUCCUUGUUUGUGUGCGAAAUAAACACCGCCGUUGUUUCGAGUUCAUCCUACCGCCACCCCCCCGCAAAAACCAAAUCCGUGUAAUUAUUAUGUCCGUAUUUGUUUCCGAAAAGAGAGUGCUGUACGACGGAACAUUCGAAGAAAAAGUGCACAUAAUCGGGGACAUUGAUAGAGAGCUUGAAAACAAUUACAUAGGCAAAGACGGCGGAGAGCCACCCACACCAAUGGACACCGAGAAGCGGAUCCGCAGGGAGAUUGCGAACAGCAACGAGAGGAGGCGGAUGCAGAGCAUAAACAAUGGUUUCCAGUCGUUGAGGUCCCUUCUGCCUCACCACGAAGGUGAAAAGUUGAGCAAGGCUGCGAUAUUGCAACAGACGGCCGAAUAUAUAUACAGUUUGGAGCAGGAGAAGACGCGGCUGCUUUCUCAAAACUGCCACCUGAAGAGGUUGGUGAAUCAGCACGAAGGAGGUGAGCUGCCGCCGAAGAAGCGGAAAACCGAGGUGCUCAUAACGCCGACGAUAUCCGAGUCCUCGGACGAAGGUCUCGGAUCCAUGUCGCCGGAGCCCGUGAACGUGAUCGCAGUGAGCACCGUCAAACAGGAUGAAUCGCUGGCGGAACUUCAUCGACAGUUGGAGGCGGAGAGGAACCUAAGACUGCAACUGGAGAAACAGAACAGGCAGCUGCAGCUGGAAAGCCAGAUGUACCAGCAGCACAUGUACCAAGUGGAGGAGACCGACGAGCUGAACCUACAGCUUGUGGCCGCCGACAGUCUGCCGCCCGUCGGUCACACGCAGAUCGUGGUCUGCUCGCCGCCGCUGUCGCGGAGUCCGAGUCCGACGCCCGUCGUCAUCGCCGUCCCCGAGCAGCGACUGACGUCCGUGCUGGAGGCGGCCAUCAAGGCGGAGCCGAAAGUGGAGGUCGAGAGGCUGCCGUCGCCGAGCACGCCGCACGACGAUAACAACCAGGCGCGCCUCUACGUGUCGAACACGUCGCGGCAGAACCUGGAGACCAUCGUCGAGGCCAUCCGACACCUGGAGGGUGACCAUAUGUUCGGUGACGAGCCGCAGACGCAGGAGGUGCCGCUCGCCUUGACGACGCGGCCGACCCCCGCAACCGAACCUCUACCAUCAGCAACCGCCAGCCCCACCGUAGUCGCAGUGGCGUCGACAGCUGCUAUUGCGUCUGCAACAGCUGUUGUAGUAACAGCAGCAGCACCACCACCACCACCCUCUUCAUCGGCGACAGUAGCCACAUCCUCGCCGAAGAUCAAGAUCGAAUUGAACCAUCAGUACGUCGACUAUCAUCACAGCAACAUCAGCCAGACGACCAGCAGCAUACAGCACCAGCAGCAGUCUCGACCCGGCGUCAUAGUAGGCAAACAAUCAUCGUGAUUACGUAAUGUGUAGCGCUGAAAUUUAGAUAACGUUAUUAGAUGUCUUUAGUGUGCAUCACUACCAACAAAUCUCUCUUUCUCUAUCUGUUACGGCGAACCCAUCCCCUUCUGGGUUUUGUGCGUUUUUUUUUU